AUGGCCUCCCUAAAACCUGACCACGUCAACAUGGAUGAUGACUCGUCAGACGGGAUCGUUGAUGAGAAAAGUGCCGUGCCGUCCACUAUACAAGAUGUCGACGAAAAAGUGCACAAUUUGGCCGAGAAACUGGUGGCCAAUGGUGAUGAUAUGGCACCGAUUGACGACAUCGAGUACGUGAUGGACAAGAUCAACACUUUGACUACCGAAGAGUGCAAAGAUAUCAUCCAAAAGCUUCUCAAGUACCAUGAGUACGACUAUAACUUCUCCAACGCCUUGCGAGAGAAGCUUUCCUCCCUGAUUGAGGGACCUUCUGAAGGGCAAGACGCUGAAGAAUGGGAGCUACAGCUGAAGACUGAGGCUGCAUUGAAUCGCUUUUACUCCCCGUACCCUGAGGUGCGUGCCGUUGCUACGCCCACGGACGAUCCCGACAUUCCUUGCGAGACCAUUCGCGCUCACUUGCUCGGCUACAUGUGGGCUAUUAUUGCCCAAUUCACCAAUUCUUUGUUCAAUUCCCGCUAUCCGUCCAUCACUCUAGGAUCUUCUGUGGCACAAAUCCUGCUCUAUCCAUGUGGUCUAUUCCUUGCAUGGGUUCUCCCGGACUGGGGGUUCAUGAUGGGCGGCAAGAGAGUUUCUCUCAAUCCUGGUCCUUGGACGUACAAAGAACAGAUGCUUGCCACCAUCAUCAUCGAUGUUGGUCUGACUUCUGCCUAUUGCUUCUGGAACAUCCAGACCCAGACCGUGUACUACCAGGACAAAUGGCUUACCCCGGGCUACGGGAUUCUCCUCUUGCUGUCAACCCAGCUCAUGGGUCUUGGCUUUUCAGGUCUACUUCGCCGCUUUGUGGUCUACCCAAUCGAAUCCUUGUGGCCCAACAUCCUGCCCACUUUGGCCUUGAACAGAGCGCUACUGGUCCCUGAGAAGAAGGAAGUAAUUCACGGCUGGAGUAUCUCGCGGUACAAAUUUUUCUUCUUGUUCUUUUGCAGCAUGUUUGUCUACUUCUGGUUCCCAGACUUCAUUUUCCAAGCUCUGAGCUACUUCGGAUGGAUGACGUGGAUCGCACCUAACCACUUCAACCUGAAUAUGAUCACGGGCUCCAUGACCGGCCUUGGGUUUAAUCCCAUCUCGUCAUUCGAUUGGAACGUGAUCUCCGUGUUUUCAUACCCGCUCACCUAUCCGUUCUUCGCAUACACCCAGCAGUUUCUGGGCACGCUUCUUGGUGGUUUCAUCAUCAUCGCAUUGUACUGGUCCAACACCAAAUGGACAGCGUAUCUCCCUCCGAACUCAUCUGGCAUCUUCGACAACACCGGUAACCCUUAUAACAUUACGAGGGUGAUCAAUGGCAAUCAAGGAACUCUCAAUGAAGAAGCCUACCAGGCGUACUCUCCUGCUUUCUACAGUGCGGGAAAUCUGCUCAUGUAUAGCGCAUUCUUCGCCUUCUACCCGCUUACGAUGGUAUUCAUCGUCCUGGAUUCUUGGCGACCACUUGUCAAGGCUUCUAAGUCGAUGAUGCGGGCUGCUAUCUCAUCCAUUAGGGGCCUAAUUAUAGGCCUCAAGAAUGCAACGAAGUCUCUUGCCAAGGGAAAUGUGCGUGAGGCUGGUCGACACUUGUACAACAUCUUGAAUGACGACACCUCGAUCUAUGACGAGUUCGAUGAUCCAUUCACCAAGCUGAUGCGUAAUUACCCUGAAGUACCUGACUGGUGGUUCUUGAUCAUUGCUCUGAUCGCGUUCAUCUUCACCAUCAUUAUUGUGACUAACUGGCCUCAGCUCGGGGCACCUGUCUGGACGGUCUUUUUUGUGAUUGGCCUCAAUUUUGUGUUCCUGAUCCCCAUGUCGUACCUCUACGCAAUCUCAGGAACGACGGAGGGGUUGAACGUCGUCACGGAGCUCGUCGUUGGAUAUGCUCUGCCUGGACACCCAGAAGCACUGAUGUUCGUGAAGGCUUUCGGAUACAACAUUAACGGCCAAGCGGAUAACUACAUUUCUGACCAGAAGAUGGGUUUCUAUGCCAAGCUUCCUCCUCGAGCCAUGUACCGUGGCCAAGUAAUGAGCGCCAUCAUUACGGCCCUUGUCGCCUAUGCAGUUGUGCAAUUCGCUGAUACUAAGAUUCCGGGCAUUUGUACUCCGGGCCAGCCUUCCAAUUUCAACUGCGAGAACGGCUCACAAAUUUACUUCUCAGCAUCGGUCGUUUGGGGCGCUAUCGGUCCGAAAAGAAUCUUCAAUCAGAUGUAUCCAACCAUGAAAUACACAUUCCUGCUAGGAUUCCUCCUUGCGAUCGUGUGGUGGGUUGUCAAGAGGUUUGGAUCGCAUUUCCGGGACGUGUGCAAGUCUGCAUUGCCCGAUGGUAUUUUCAAGCCGAUCAAUGCGCUGAUUUUCACACCAAUUUCGUGGCUCAAGCACGUCCAUCCAUCGCUCAUCUUCAACGGAUUCUUGUGGUGGGCACCCAUCAACCUCACUUAUUUCGUGGGUGGUCUCUACUUCUCUGUUGCCUUCAUGUUCUACCUUAGGAGGUACAAGACCGCAUGGUGGGAAAAGUACAACUAUGUCCUCGCGGCCGCACUCAAUGGUGGUGUCGCAUUCUCAGGCAUCAUAAUCUUCUUCGCCGUGCAGUAUCAUCCGAAAUUCAUCAGCUGGUGGGGUAACAACGUGCUUGGAGCGACGAUUGAUGGUGGUCUUGGCCAGCAGGCUCUGAUCCCUGACCUGCCUGCGAAGGGAUACUUCGGCCCCGACUCGUGGUCCUAG